AAUGAAAACGUAACAAGAAUAGUUUCAAAUUUGAAACAUUCAAUACGUCUUGAGGAUGUCACUUCGAAGCAGGGCAGGAUUUUACCGUCAGGAGAUAAACAGAACCAUUUGGGACGUUCCGGAGAGAUACAGAGAUCUAAUCCAGAUUGGAACUGGGGCGUAUGGAACAGUCUGUUCAGCCAUUGACCGCAAGACAGGAGUUCGAGUGGCCAUCAAGAAGCUCCACAGACCGUUCCAGUCCAGACUGUUUGCCAAGCGCGCUUACAGAGAGCUACGACUCCUCAAGCACAUGAAACAUGAGAAUGUUAUUGGGCUGCUGGAUGUUUUUACCUCAGAAAUCUUGUUGGACAGAUUUCAUGAUUUUUACCUGGUGAUGCCGUUUAUGGGCACUGAUCUGGGGAAGCUGAUGAAGAUGGAGAGACUGUGUGAGGACAGAGUGCAGUUUCUCGUCUAUCAGAUACUGAGGGGUCUGAAGUAUAUUCAUUCAGCCGGGAUCAUUCACAGGGAUCUCAAACCAGGAAAUCUGGCAGUGAAUCAAAACUGUGAACUUAAGAUCCUGGACUUUGGACUAGCGCGUCAGGCGGAUUCAGAAAUGACGGGUUAUGUGGUGACCCGCUGGUACAGAGCACCAGAGGUUAUCCUCAACUGGAUGCACUACUCACAAACAGUUGAUAUCUGGUCAGUGGGCUGCAUUAUGGCAGAGAUGUUACUUGGAAGGCCACUUUUUAAAGGAAAUGACCACUUAGACCAGCUGAGAGAGAUCAUGAAAAUCACAGGAACUCCAGCUCCAGAUUUCAUCACAAAGCUACAAAGCCAAGAUGCCAAAAACUACAUCAGAGGUCUACCUAAAGUACCAAAGAAAGACUUAAACACUAUUUUCUUCAAAGCCAGCUCAGAAGCGGUGAGUGCUCUGGAGCUGAUGCUGGUUCUGGAUCCAGAUAAACGUGUAAGCGCUGCGGAGGCGCUCGAACUUCCCCUUUUUACAGAGUUCAGAGAACCUGAAGAAGAGACGGAGGCCCUGCCUUAUGACCACUCCAUGGACAACACAGAACUGCCUCUGGAUCAGUGGAAACGUCACACUUUCACAGAGAUACUGUCAUUCCAGCCACCCGUCUCAGAGAUCAGAGACUCCAAAGAAACAUCGCUCUGAGUGAACACCGAUUCACCUCACUGUCACUGAGCUUCAUGUAUAAAUGUGUGACAUGAAGAGAUGGCCAAACAUUUAAUGAAUGUAA